AUGAUUCUUGUAGCGGCACGCUGCCAGGCGUUACGCCCAGCUAGGGGGUACGCCAGCCAGGCACGCCGCCAGGAGGUACGCCCAGCCAGGCACGCCGCCAGGAGGUACGCCCAGCCAGGCACGCCGCCAGGAGGUACGCCCAGCCAGGCACGCCGCCAGGAGGUACGCCCAGCCAGGCACGCCGCCAGGAGGUACGCCGCCAGGAGGUACGCCCAGCCAGGCACGCCGCCAGGAGGCACGCCGCCAGGAUGUACGCCGCCAGGAGGUACGCCCAGCCAGGAGGCACGCCCAGCCAGGAGGCACGCCCAGCCAGGAGGCACGCCGCCAGGAGGCACGCCGCCAGGAGGCACGCCCAGCCAGGAGGCACGCCCAGCCAGGAGGCACGCCCAGCCAGGAGGCACGCCCAGCCAGGAGGCACGCCCAGCCAGGAGGCACGCCCAGCCAGGAGGCACGCCCAGCCAGGAGGCACGCCGCCAGGAGGUACGCCCAGCCAGGAGGCACGCCGCCAGGAGGCACGCCCAGCCAGGAGGCACGCCGCCAGGAGGCACGCCCAGCCAGGAGGCACGCCGCCAGGAGGCACGCCCAGCCAGGAGGCACGCCCAGCCAGGAGGCACGCCCAGCCAGGAGGCACGCCCAGCCAGGAGGCACGCCCAGCCAGGAGGCACGCCCAGCCAGGAGGCACGCCCAGCCAGGAGGCACGCCCAGCCAGGAGGCACGCCCAGCCAGGAGGCACGCCCAGCCAGGAGGCACGCCCAGCCAGGAGGCACGCCGCCAGGAGGUACGCCCAGCCAGGAGGUACGCCCAGCCAGGAGGCACGCCCAGCCAGGAGGCACGCCCAGCCAGGAGGCACGCCCAGCCAGGAGGCACGCCCAGCCAGGAGGCACGCCCAGCCAGGAGGCACGCCCAGCCAGGAGGCACGCCCAGCCAGGAGGCACGCCCAGCCAGGAGGCACGCCCAGCCAGGAGGCACGCCCAGCCAGGAGGCACGCCCAGCCAGGAGGCACGCCCAGCCAGGAGGCACGCCGCCAGGAGGUACGCCGCCAGGAGGUACGCCCAGCCAGGAGGCACGCCGCCAGGAGGCACGCCGCCAGGAGGUACGCCCAGCCAGGAGGCACGCCGCCAGGAGGUACGCCCAGCCAGGAGGUACGCCCAGCCAGGAGGCACGCCGCCAGGAGGUACGCCCAGCCAGGAGGCACGCCGCCAGGAGGUACGCCCAGCCAGGAGGCACGCCGCCAGGAGGUACGCCCAGCCAGGAGGCACGCCGCCAGGAGGUACGCCCAGCCAGGAGGCACGCCGCCAGGAGGCACGCCGCCAGGAGGCACGCCGCCAGGAGGUACGCCCAGCCAGGAGGCACGCCGCCAGGAGGUACGCCCAGCCAGGAGGCACGCCCAGCCAGGCACGCCGCCAGGCGGUACGCCCAGCCAGGCACGCUGCCAGGCGGUACGCCCAGCCAGGCACGCUGCCAGGCGGUACGCCCAGCCAGGCACGCUGCCAGGCGGUACGCCCAGCCAGGCACGCCGCCAGGAGGUACGCCCAGCCUCCACCAGGCGGCCUACACGACGACUGA